GGUCCCUGCGACGCGCCUCCGGUCACCCCCCUCCUGGACGCCGAGAAAUUCAAGAGGAUCAAGCUGGAACCCAAAAAGAUUGGAAAGGCACUGGAUCGAGCCGUCCGGUCUUCCAGGAAGUCCGCCGCCGAUGCCCUCAACAAACAGCACAAGGAGCUCUCCAAGGCCAUCUCCUCCCACCAGCAAGAAUUCUUCAAGUUUCACAAGCAGAUGAAAACAGAAGCCGCCAGGAUCGCCAGGGCCAUCCGCGACAACGCCAACAAGGAGGCCAAGCGAAAGGAGAAGGACGGGGUGGCGGCCGAAAAGGCYCGGCUGGCCGCCCUCAAGGCCAACGACAUGGACGCCUAUUCCAAGCUCCUGGAAGAAACCAAGAACGACCGCCUCAAGUUCCUCAUGGACAAGACCGAGAGCCACUUUUCACAAAUCUCCACCAGCCUGCUGCAGACCCGAAACAACGACACGGGCGUCCGAUCGACGGGCGGUGCCGCCUCCUACUAUGCCUCGGCCCACCUCAAGACGGAGGACAUUCAGCAACCGAGCAUUCUUGUGGGGGGCGAUCUCAAGGARUACCAGCUCGCCGGCCUGCAGUGGAUGGUCUCCCUGUACAACAACAAACUGAACGGUAUUCUGGCAGACGAGAUGGGACUGGUGAGUAAACGAUGGCAUGGCACGGCAUGGCAUGGCAUGGUCUUUUCCGAAUGCAUGCGAUAUGUAUCGUGCGGUGUGCGCUUGCGAUAAUCAAYGCGGGUUGGACCGCUCGGACGGUGGCAUCCCCGUCCUUUUUGGGUGUCGGAGCCGCUACACCGAUGUUGUUAUGGAUUGUCUCUCACCGAUGCGUUUUUUUKGUCUCGUGUUUUGAUAGGGAAAAACAAUCCAAGCUAUCUCUCUCGUCUCGUAUCUGAUGGAGUACAAAAACAAUCUGGGGCCGUAUCUGGUGAUCGUUCCGCUUUCCACCCUGUCCAAUUGGGUGAACGAAUUUCAGAAAUGGUUGCCCUCGGCGCACCUGAUCUGCUACAAGGGAAUUCCAGCGCAGCGAAAAGAGAUUUAUCGGGAAAAAGUGAAGAACGGUCAUUUCAAUGUUCUGUUGACCACCUACGAAUACAUCAUCAAGGACAAGGCGAGCCUGCGAAAAAUCACCUGGCAGUAUGCGAUUGUGGACGAGGGCCACCGCAUGAAAAACGCGGCUUCGAAGUUUGCCAAGACGCUUUCUUCGCAGUACGACACCAAAUACAGGCUGUUGCUGACCGGAACCCCUCUGAUGAACGACCUGAGCGAGUUGUGGUCGCUGCUGAAUUUCUUGCUCCCUUCCAUUUUCAACUCUGUGGACACGUUCGACCAAUGGUUCAAUCGGCCCUUUGCCCAGUUCGGAAACAUCAGCAAGGGCGACGACGAUGCCGAUAGCAACGCUCUCACAAACGAAGAACGCAUGUUUAUCAUCCACCGUCUUCACGAGCUGUUGCGACCUUUUAUGUUGCGGCGCGUAAAGAGCGAGGUCCUCGAUCAGCUCCCCGAAAAGGUCGAAAAGAUUUUGCGGUGUGAAUUGUCCUCGUGGCAGAAAGAGCUCUACAAGCAAAUCAGCAAAAAAGCCGUGGCCGAGACAAACGACCUGGGAAUCCAAAACACCGGGCCCCAGGGUCGAGGGUUGAACAACGCUGUGAUGCAACUCCGAAAAGUGUGCAACCACCCCUAUCUGUUUUCUCCCCAGGGCUACCACAUCAACCAGAACAUUAUUCGUUCUUCGGCAAAAGUCGAGCUCCUGGAUCGGAUGCUKCCCAAGCUGAGAGCAGCCGGGCACCGGGUAUUGCUCUUUACGCAAAUGACGGCCGUGAUGACCAUUCUCGAAGACUACUUUGCCUAUCGACGUUAUUUGUCCCUGCGGCUCGACGGUUCCACUCCCGCAGAAGAGAGAGAAAAACGAAUGUACAAAUUCAACGCCCCCGAUUCKCCGUACUUUAUAUUUCUUUUGAGUACCCGCGCGGGUGGUCUGGGGCUGAACCUCACGUCAGCGAACACCGUGAUUAUAUUUGACAGCGAUUGGAACCCCAUGAUGGACCUGCAAGCCCAGGAUAGGGCKCAUCGAAUCGGUCAACGCAGCGACGUAAGUGUCUUUCGAAUGGUGACACGGUCUCCGGUAGAGGAAAAGAUCUUGAGUCGCGCGACCGAGAAACUCAACAUGAGCGAACUCGUCGUGGAAGCCGGAAAAUUUGACAAGACCAGCGUGGAGAGUGACAACAGCCUGGAAAGAAAACGRAURAUGGAGGUUUUGUUGGUCGACUUUGAUACCAACGCGAACAAGAACGACGGCGACACCGUCGGGAUCGGCAGCAAACCUUUGGAGGAGAAGCCAGCAGAACCCGUCGGUUCGGAAGAUGGUGAAGUCGACGACGGUGAYGACGACGACGACGACAACAAUAGCGAGGCCAGCAAAGAAGAUGAUCUCAACGGUCUCUUGAGCAACAACGAAAACGACUAUCAGCUCUACAAGACUUUGGAUAAACUGAAAGCAGCAGCACCUCCUCUUGUGGAUACAAGCUUGUUCACAUCUGAAGAGGAUGUCCCAGAUUGGAUCAAAUAUCCAACAGGGAAAAAGGACGCCGCUCUUGAAGAUAUGAGUGUACCGGGCAGUGGGCCUAGAAAACGCAAAGAAGUCAUGUACGAUGACGGACUGACCGAGAAGCAGUUUUUGAGAAUGAUGGACAAGCAAUUCGACAAGGCAGAAGCUGCGAAAAAGGAGGCGAAAAUCGCUAAGCGGGGAGCGAAAUCUCUCGGAGCCUCUGCGCCGAUCGGAGCUCCCGUGUCGGUGGCCAUACCCAAUAGUGAACUCACAGACUGGACGUUCCGCAAACUCAUCAGCUGUGCCAAAGCUGUCGUGAAUCUCAAAGAGCCUUCAACAAAACGUCGUCUUUGCGAGAUCUUUCUUGACAAGCCAUCCCCGGAACAGUUUCCCGACUAUUAUGAAUUGAUCGCGAAACCAAUCGCAAUCAAUGACAUUUUGCGCAAGUGCAGGGGAAAACUGUAUGCAAACAUGCAAGAAUUUCAUGAYGACUGGAAACUGAUGUUUGCGAAUGCAAAGCAGUUCAAUGGCGAAGACUCUUGGGUCGUCGAAGACGGCAAAACAAUAAAAAAAGAACURGAUCGUGUAUUGAAGAAAAAUGGUUUCACUGACGAGGCGGGUGUCAAACCUAAAACKCCUCCGAAAGCGAAAAAGAAGCUUCGGAUUAAGUUGUCACUCAAAACCAUCAAAGCAAAUAAUGAUGCUUCCGGAGAUGGUAAAAAAGGUGGAGAUAGCGGGAAACCAUCUGAACCGGUGAAAAAGAAGAGAAAGAAAAUUCAGAAAAGCAAACGGGAAACAUCGUAGAAAAUACCGAUAAUAUCUACUAUGAAUAGAGAAAAAAUAAUUCAAAUCUCUGGUUCAAUACGUUUAAUGCAAUGAGAUAAAACCUCUGCAGCUUUGAAUAUACGGUAUCACAGACAUGAGAACAUACGCAAAUCAGCAUCACCGUUUCUAAGCCAUGUGYUCUUUUUGGUUUGUUGAGUUUGAAAGUUCGGGAGAGUUUGAGUCAGCUCCUUCAGCGAUCGUAGAGAGUUCGCAUCCACCCCGAAACCGGUUGACUCGAAGAAUUUUUGCAACGUCGUAGUCUGUGACGGCUCCACCAGUUGCAGAAACGAUAUUGAGGCAAGAAGCAAGUCCGUUUGAAACGAAGCACAAUCACUUUUCCUGCUAUCAAGUGCUCCUCGCUGUAAGAGCUCAUGGUAACACGAUUCCAACGAUCCAAUUUCGUCAUCAAAUACUGUUAAAUGGAUGCACAGAGAAUCGAUGUGAAGAAUACAUUCCUCGUCUUCUUCGCUUUCAACUCCACGAUCCUGGUAUAAAAAGUACGUUUCGUUAUCGUCAGGAGCGAAAGACGUUUCAAGAAACGUCGACUCGUGAUCAAUAAUUGGGCUCUCCCAGACAAGUCUUCUGCCUGAAAGAAAUGGCGUCCGAGGAUCCUGCGUCUUAGGCUCAUCAUCUUCUAGUACUUUACGUUCUGCAACGAGAUAUAGUUUUCCCUUCGAAGUACCACAACCCUGGUCAUGACAAUUGCAGGUCAUUCGGAUAGAUUUUGUUCGUCGUUUAAAAAAAGGGAUUCGUGAGCAUUUGCUCGGCGAAGUAUUCCCCGGUUCUYCUUCCCAAGUAGAAUAUUGCAAAAGCGUAAACGGCGAUAAAGAGACUAUUUUGUC